CCGCGGCAGGAGAGAAAGGAGAAACUGGGAGGAGUCCAGGAGGUCGUUGGUUGGAGGGCUCAAAGUCUCCUCGAUGGCCGCCCAGGGAUGCGCGUGGACUCUGUGGCUGUGGCUGUCCCUGCUGCUGCCGCUGCUGCUGGCGCCGAGAGCUGCCGCAGCGCGGUGGAGCGGGGAGGGCACCACGCCGCAUUUGCAAAGCAUCUUCCUGGGCCGCUGCGCAGAGUACACCACGCUGCUGAGCCUCCAGCCUGGGAACAAAAACUGCACAGCCAUCUGGGAAGCCUUCAAGGUGGUGCUAGACAAGGACCCCUGCUCUGUGCUUCCCUCAGACUAUGACCUCUUCAUUAACCUCUCCAGGCACGCCAUUCCGAGAGACAAGUCGCUGUUCUGGGAGAAUAACCACCUACUCGUUACCAGCUUUGCAGAGAACACCCGUCGCCUCAUGCCCCUGUGCGACGUUCUGUAUGGCCGGGUUGGAGAUUUUCUGAGUUGGUGUCGACAGGAAAAUGCCUCUGGACUUGAUUACCAGUCCUGUCCCAUGUCAGAAGACUGUGAAAACAAUGCUGUGGACUCCUAUUGGAAAAGUGCAUCCAUGCAGUAUUCCAGAGACAGUUCUGGGGUGAUCAAUGUCAUGCUGAAUGGCUCAGAGCCCAAAGGAGCCUAUCCUGUGAAAGGGUUUUUUGCAGAUUUUGAAAUCCCAUACUUACAAAAGGAUAAAAUCACAAGAAUUGAGAUCUGGGUCAUGCAUGACGUCGGGGGACCCAAAGUGGAAUCCUGUGGCGAAGGCAGUGUGAAAAUCCUGGAAGACAGACUGGAGGCCUUGGGGUUCCAGCACAGUUGUAUCGAUGACUACCCGUAUUCAUGAGGCCAAGGUGGGAGGAUGACUAAACCAGGAGUUCAAGACCAGCCUAGGCAACAUAGUAAGGCAAUACCCCCAAAACCACUAUGAAUAAAAUGUAUGUAUGUACAGUAGACUUCACCGCAGCACAGGUGAGUCUAAGCAGGGACCACGGAGCAUGCACUGAGUGAUGGUGCACUUCCCCCACAUCUCUCAGUUCUUUCCAGUCAUAUGAUCAUGGAGGUGGUGUUGUAGCCUUGUCAUUCAUAUCCCGUGUGUCACUGUCGCCUGCUCCUGUUUCCAUUCCUGUUUUCCUUCCCUCCUGGUUGCCCUGGAACUUCCUAUUUUCUGCCUCAAUUGUACUAGACAGUUGAGCAUUCUUUGCUGAGCAUUCACGGUCAUCAUCACUCAUGUUUUAAGUUGAAUCUUCCCUCCAAAGUACACAUCCAAAAGGUGUUCCUAAUAAAGUCCGAUGUGCAGACAGAAAGGGUCUGGAUGAGCCUAAAGGCUCAAGGGUGGCUCUCUAACUCACCAUGUUUCCCGUGUUGUGAGGACAUGGGAAAACCACUGUGGACAGCUUUAGCUGCAGCAGAUUGCAGUUGCAAAUAGGAUCAAUUCCACUGGGUGGUUGUCGGGUUAAAUGACGAGAUCUGAAUAAAGCACAGAAUCAACAUUGCUGCUACAUAGUAAGUGCUUGAUAAUGCUAGCUCUUGUGAGGAGGGUGUUGAGAUAGGGUCUCACUAUGCAGCCCUGGCUCUCCCAGAACUCCCUAU